AUGACGUUGUGUAAUGUAUCUGAAACAGCUCUCUUCGAUAACCAGACUUUACUAAAAUUGACAGUUCCUGGGGCAACAAGAGACACAACAACAGACCUGAUAAUUCAAGUGUUUACAAUUAUAAACAACGCCGUUCUUUGCAGUGCGUUUGGGGCUACGGGCAUCUUAGUCAACACUCUCAACAUUUGCGUCUUCUUUAAACAGGGUCUAAACAGCUCCAUCACGUUGAGUUUCCUCGCCAUAUCAAUCUCAGAUUUCUUCAGCAUGUUGACACUUCUCUGGCGAAAUAUCUGUGUCGAUACCUACAUCAACUCUCUUGUACCUGAGGUCGUACUCAGCGAUUUUGAGUACCUGACAGCAGGUUGGCCGCACGGGAUUUCUGCACGUAUCACUAGCUGGAUCACGGUCUACAUUACAGCAGAAAGGUGCUUGUCCAUUGCGGCACCGCUCAAGGUCAAACAGAUCGUCACGCCACGCCGGACAGUCAUCGUGUUGCUGUCCAUCUUCCUGGUCAACAUGCUAUCUUUGGUUCCAGAAUAUUCCACGGUCUACUACGACUGGAGGUACUACCCAGACAGGAACAAAACCAUCCUGGGACUCGCGUUUAGAGGUAAUCGCGCAUCUACUCAGAGCUUGGUCUUCUAUUUUCUCACGGCUUUUGCCAUCGGUGUUUUUAUUUCGGUCACGACCUUCACCUGUGUUCUGGUCUAUAAGUUAAAGCAGACGUCAAAAUGGCGCCAGAGUUCAACAAGUGACCAGGCUCAAAACGAGUCCAUGACCGCUAGGGACAAAAAGAUCGUAGCUCUGGUCAUCUCUGUGGCCUCAGUGUUGAUAAUUUGCUACACACCAACGGUCAUCUUGUCCAUUUUCUCUGCUAUUUUCCCUGGGUUCAGUUUUUCCGGGAAAUACGACAAAUACUUCAAAGCGUAUUGGUCGUUCGCCUUCUUGCUCCAUGCCAUCAACUCUAACAUGUUGUUUAUAGAAGGAAGAAUUCUCCAUUUUAUCAUUCAUGAUUAA